AUGUCGGCCAUCCGGCAGACAGUCAGAAACGUUAAUCGGUAAUCAAAAUAUAUAGGCUAUCGCAAUGCUGUAUUUCGCAAUUUCCUGGCUUGCAAUGUCUCUCGCAGGUUCACUAAAGUAAGGGCUAUCUGUGAGUACAGACCGAAGACCAAACACACACUAGCGUUUUUCAUAGCGAAGUGAAAGGGGAGCAGGCGAGGGAGGAUCGUUGCAGGCAGAGAGACAGUCAGAACCGUGCGUAUAGGCUAUAUUUUGGUAAUCUAGUAAUGCCUCGUAAAUUUACCAACAUUAUAUUAAAGUAGGCUAUAUAUUAGGCAAUUUUAUUUCACCUUUAUUUAACCAGGUAGGCCAGUUGAGAAGUUCUGAAUUUCUCACUUACAAUUGCGACCUGGCCAAGAUGGAGCACAGCAGUGCGAAAAAAACAACAACAGAGUUACACAUGGAAUAAACAAAAGUACAGUCAAUAACACAAUAGAAAAAUCUGUAUCCAGUGUGUGCAAAUGGCGUAAGGAGUAUGCUUAUGGCUAAGCUAUUCUUCAUAGUGCCAGUGAGUUUCGUUGAACAUCGCCAAAUGCAUCAUUUUAAUUAGGCCUAAAUGUGCAAUAAAACGUAUUGCUUAUAGUUUAUUUAAACCCUGGCUGGCUGAUGAUGUCCUAGGUCAGGGCUCUCCAAACCUGUUCCUGUAGGAGUGAAAAGCUACAGGAUGGUAGCUCUCCACGAACAGGGUUAGAGAGCCCAGUCCUAGGCAAUAGAUGGCAAACCAGCAUCCCCAUUAAUCUUUUUGGAAAUGGCAAGUUCACUUUCUCAUCCAUAAUAAACACAGUCAAGUGCAAUUACAGUUCAGCAGCUCAAAUCAUCAGGAUGUGGGGCAUUGUUAUUAGUAAGGAUCUGUGCCAUGGAUGGAUCGCUAAAAUAAUGAUUAUUAACACUCUUCAUAAUAUUAAAUAUUAUGGGGAGACCUAUACAUUUUGCAGCCAAGUAUGAGUUAUCAGUCAAUUAAGGUUGAAUAUGAGACAAAGGCUUGGAAUGUUACUGAGUAAGGGAAAGGCCAUCGCAUGGUUGCAGUCACUGAUAAGGUUGGAGAGCUGUGGAUUAGUGAGGAGAGCUGUGGAUUAGUGAGGAAUGGGGGCCGAGGUCAGGUCACAUUAAGGGAGAAGGAACAGUUUAUUACCCACAUCACUCAACUUCCUGCAUAGCAAUAAAGAUGCAAUGUUUGGGAAAAGGAGGAGACUUCACCUAAAGUAGGGUAUAUAUACUUGUGCUGGUGGGAACAAGUCUUUGUCUGUUCAGCUGUCUGAUCCAUUGGGUGAAUGAACUUGGUUUGAGUUUUUAAUAGUUGUCCGUUAGUUUUUAGUAUGUUUUUUUUUUUAGAACCUAACAUCAUUAUGGGGUAUUGUGUGUAGAUUGCUGAAUGUUUUAUUUUAUUUAAUCCAUUUUAGGAUAAGGUUGUAACAUAACGAAAUGAGGAAAAAGUCAAGGGGUCUGAAUUAGAGGUCGACCGAUUAAUCGGCAUGAACGAUUUAAUUAGGGCCGAUUUUCAAGUUUUCAUAACAAUCGGUAUUCUGCCUUUUUGGAUGCCGAUUACAUUGCAAUCCACGAGGAAACUGCGUGGCAGGCUAACCACCUGUUACGCGAGUGCAGCAUCAAUAGGACCUUGUGGCUGCAAGGAGCCAAGGAGUUUGAACUUUUUCCACAUUUGACUGCAUGUGCCUGAGAGUCUGACGCUGCAUCUCUUCAAUGGCUGCCUCGGGCUCUUCCUCCACCUCUGUGCCUGAGGGUUUCCACUACGAGACCAAGUACAUCGUCCUCAACUACCUGGGACUCCUGCCCCCCUCUCGGCUGCAGGCCACCGCUGGCAGAGGAGAUGGCCAUUAUGCUGUGGACAGAGAGAGGAACAGAGUAAUGAAGGCACAGCUAGAGGAAGAGCUGAAGCAACUGGAAGAUGAGGUCUCAGACUCCUUCUCCAGUACAGGCUUCGACUGCCAUACAUCUCCAGUGUUUAGCCCAGCCAACCCAGAGAGCUCCAUCGAGGACUGCCUGGCUGUUCUGGGCGACCGGGUGGCCAGAGACCUGGACACACACCUGGCCUCUACUGUACACACACUCCUCAGUGCCCCGCUGGACUACGAGCAUUUCAGAGAAGCAGCACAAGACAUCUCUUGCCACACGCAGAGUGGCUGGAGCAAGGUGCUGGUGCCAUUGGUGCUGCUGCAGGCCCUCCAGGGAGAAGGACAGAUCCUGGCCCACCUGCUACCUCUGGGGGUCCGUUUCCUGGAGGAGGCUGAGGCAGAAUACAUCAUCCAGCAGGGAGGAUGGGGUACAGUGUUUAGCCUGGAGGAAGAGGAGGAGCAGGGCGUGAUCAUAGCCGAGGACAGCAACGACAUCUACAUCCUGUCUGGAGAGCAGCUUCCUGGCCAGCUCAGUCCCCCCGCGUCGCUGCUGGGCACUGGAGACAGCAGUGGGCCGGGCAGCUGGCAGACAGAGAGCUUACCCGUGUCUCUGGCAGGCAACGAUUCCUGGGCACAGGUGAGCAUGAUGGACCACCCCGAAGAUGUCAAGAGUCUGGACAGCAACGAGGGCGCCCUGGCUGAGGAGCGCAGUGAGAACAACUCCUCCAACUCUGACAUUGUGCACGUGGAGCGAGAGGACGCAGAGGAGGGUGGGGCCGAGUUGCAGGAGAGCAUGCUGAGUGUGCUGGGGACGGAGAGUGAGCUGGCUGAGCUGAGGGCGGAGUUUAGGGAUGACACCCCGCUUCCUGUCCCAGCAGCCCCAGAGCCCGUCGUGGUAUAUCUGGAGGAGCCGGUCAUCAUAGAGACGCCUGCUCCCCUGUCAGCAGUUCUGUCAGAGCUGCAUGCCCCAUCGUCUGUCCCCGUGUCAGAGCCCGAGCCCUCUGCUCCAGACCCUAUGAUUGAGCCUGAGCCUGCCCCUGUUGUGGAGGCAGCACCACCAUCCCCCGCCAAGGCACCGUCUACUCCCCCAUCAGCAAAGCCAGUUCCAGAACCAGAGCCUGUUCCAGAGCCAGUCGCAGCACCGCCAGAGCCAGUUCCAGAGGAGCCCCAGCCUGAACCUCAGUCAGAGACUGUGCUGGAGCCGGCUGCAGCGCCCCUCCUGGAGGCACUCCCAGCUCCUGUGGCCCCAGCCGAGGAGCCCCCGGUGCAGACGGAACCAGAGCCCAAGUCGGAGAUCCCAGUGCUGCUGUAUGGUGGAGCUGCUCUGGUGGCCCUUGUUGCUGUGGUGACCUGGGGAGUCAUGACCCACCGGAAGAAGUAGCCUAGCAGUGCUUCUGAACCAGGUUGCAGACCUCACCUCCUCCCUGGUCCCUGCCUGGCUCACUGCUGCUAAUCUGGGAUGCUGGGCCCGCCACUACCAGGUGGACACACCAUGUGAACAAUUACUUAUUUUCUUUCUCUCCAUUUUUGUUUCCCCCCGUUCUCCUCUCUGCUCAUCUGGCAAUUUGAUGUUUUUCUUCAGUUGCUGCCUCCAACCCAUCACCUCUCAAACUGGAAAGGACAUUUGUAAAAUUUUCUAGCGGUUUCUAUGUUUUCCGGGUGCUUGGUUCUGUUCGGUGCCAUGCGGAUGCACGUCACAGACACACCCUGUUUGUAUGUUACUCUCUCGGCUGGAGCUUGGGGUACCUCUUUGUCCUCAGAGCCUAGUGGGUGUAGCGCAGAAGAGUCAGAAUUCCCUGUUCUAUUGCAGGGAAAAGGGAAGCUAUUCCAAUAUUUUCAUAUACAAAAAUCUAAGUUCUGAUCACAUUAUGUCUUCUGAAAAGGAAACCUGUCUUCAAGGAUUAGAUGAGCAUGUUUGUUUUUUAUGGCAAUUAACUAAUCAUGAUUAGACUUUUGAUUUGUUUUUAGAAUUCACUGUACUGGAGACACUGAUGUGCCUAUAAAAUAUUUCUGCAGAAUUGAGCCCCAUAAAGAGACAAUAUUUUUCAUAGAGCACUUGAUAUGGAUUAAUAAUAUCACACUUAAAUGUAAAGUAGAUACUUUUGGUCAUGUGUAUGUGGACACAUUUCAUUUAAUUUCAACAUUUCAUUCCAAAAUCAAGGGCAUUAAUAUGGAGUUUGUCCCCUCUUUGCUGCUACAACAGCCUCCACUCUUCUGGGAAGGCUUUCCACUAGAUGUUGGAACAUUGCUGCGGGGACUUGCUUCCAUUCAGCCACGAGCAUUAGUGAGGUCUGGCACUGCUGUUAGGCGAUUAGGUCUGGCUCGUAGUCAGCGUUCCAAUUCAUCCCAAAGGUGUUCGAUGGGAUUGAGUUCAGGGCUCUGUGCAGGCCAGUCAAGUUUUUCCACACCGAUCUCGACAAACCAUUUCUGUUUGGACCUUGCUUUGUGCACGGGGGCAUUGUCAUGCUGAAACAGGGAAGGGUCUUCUCCAAACUGUUGCUGCAAAGUUGGAAGCACAGAAUUGUCUAGAAUGUCAUUGUAUGCUUUAUCAUUAAGAUUUCCCUUCACUGGAACUAAGGGGCCAAGCCUGAACCAUGAAAUACAGCCCCAGACCAUUAUUCCUCUUUCACCUAACUUUACAGUUGGCACUAUACAUUGGGGCAGGUAGCGUUCUCCUGCCAUCAACCAAACCCAGAUUUGUCCGUCGGGACUGCCAGAUGAUGAACCGUGAUUCAUCGCUCGUGUCCAAUGGCAGCGAGCUUUACACCACUCCAGCCGACGCUUACCAUUGCAACGGAUGUGCCAGAAUCCACUAAUUUGAAGGGGUGUCCACAUAGUGUAUGUUUAUCUACUUCUUUCCAGUCACUUACUACAUCACCUAAGUGUUAUUUUGUUAAGUUUUGGGAAAUUGAGGGAUUCCACUUUAAGAUGUGAAUAGGAUGCCAUGACUCAAUUCAUUUGUCACUAACUAAUUUCAGUCAUUUAGUAAACAGACUCCUGUGUCUCUUAUAACUUUAGAUAGUUACGAUUUGGGAUCAUAUUGCAGUAGUAUCUCUAAUUAAAUAGAUUUUGAAUGUAAAAAAAAAAAAAAAAAAAAAGAGGAUAAAGACUACCGCAGCUCACAGCCAGAGUGGCAUACACCGUUGCGUUUGAUUACUAACCAUCUCCUUGAAAAUAGGCAUUUAGAUUAUCUGGUAUAGAACUGUCAAUGGUCACUAUCAACCUUUUGUGUGUUAACUAUUGUGUUUGUGUGAGUGAAACUAAAGCCAGCUUAACCAUGAUGGCACCAUGGUCAAUAAUGUUCCAUGUACUGUACCAUGUGCUCUGACAGGGAAUGGAGGGUUGGGAAUGACUGCACCAAGACCCUGAAUUUCAUAUUCAUUUGUUCAACACAAAUCGUGUUCAAGAGGGAUAUUAGGUUUAAGAUUUAAAUAUAAAACUUGAAAUCAAGUAGUCAUCUUUCAUCUGAUGUUGAGACUAUAAAAUCAGAAGGAGAAAUUAGUUUAAUCUUGAAUCAAUUUAUGCUCUCAUUCCCAACUCCCCCAGUCUAACUUCACAGGGACUGCCUUUCUUCAGCUACCCUGUCCUCAACCCCUAUGUUUUGCCCCUCGGCUGGCCCAAACUUCCCACCCAGCACUGCCUUGCCAUUCCGCUGUAACCCCAUAGCGUGCCUACCUUGUACAGAGACUUACAAAGCAUCUGCUUUGUAAGCGUCUUCUUCCCACUACUACCUAACCUUCUCUUGAAGGGGUCAGCUCCCUCUAUUUCUCAAGUCAGAGUGGAGGUCUGUCCACAACUUGAAGAGUAGGAAUGAAACAUGCCAGCCCUGCCACAGACAAUCAACAUAGGCAACAUAUCUUCCUGUUAGUUGGGUACAAUGUGAAUCUAAAACUAAAAUCUACACUGUAGGCCUCGUGUCAAGAGUACAAAAAGGUGCCCAGUAAAAAAAAAAGUGUUCUAAGUCUGGAGCAUGAAAUGUGAACACUUGAUCCAAGUGAAAAAGUAGUAGUGGUUCCAGCUUUGUUGUGUUCACUGGUCAGUGGAUUCCCACAGCUUACUUGGUCAAUGUCAAAACUAAAGAUGCACACAACUCACUUCUGUUUAGCCAAGUGUACAAUGUGUACAAAAUACAACCAUGUGUGGUUUGGGGUAGUUGUGUGGAGAGACAAAUGACCAUAAAUGGGUUUGUUCCAUUGAAUGCAAAUGUAUGUCAGUGUUAGAUAAUAGGUAUGCAAAUUAUCUGAAAUGUACCUGGAAACUAAGUAUUUGGAAAGUACAGUAUGGAUGUAAAAUCCCCAUCUUGGCACUUUACCAAGUUCCCUUUUAUGUGCAGUUUGAGACCAGAAUACAUCAUGUAAACUGCAUCGUUGUGGUUUUGGACACAUGAACAAGUUAAUAAAAUGGUUCUCCCUUA